AUGGAUGUGGAUGUGGAGGUGGAUGCGGAAUGGGCAGACGAUGAACGUGCCGUCGAGCUGACUUCUAUUGCUGCUAUCUACCCAGAGAUUGUCAUCGACCCUAAAUUCCCGUUCAAGGCCUCAUUGUCGCUACCAGUCACCCCCCUUGAUCCGGCCGUCGUGGUAUUCGAAGACUCGAAAGACGCCAACAUAAAUAUCCCUACCACUUCCAGCCCAGUGGACGAUGUAAAUAGAGAAAACGGCUUGGAAAAUUCUUUGCGUGGAGGCGCAGUGGUCGUUCAGACCUAUCCCAUAUCCCACUUUCCUCCGCUGGAGUUACAAAUAGAACUGCCGGAGCGGUAUCCAGCUAUUGAACCUCCGAAGAUCACAAUAUCAACGUACCCUGACUGGCUUCCCGGCCCCACAAUAUCUAGAUUGGUGACCGAAGGCAAGAAUCUUUGGGAAGAAUGUGGAAAAGAUUUGGUGGUUUACUCCUAUAUUGACCACCUCCAACAAGCAGCAGAGACAAUCUUUGGGCUACUAACCGUCGGCAGAGAUAAACCUCUUUCCUUUCCGGAGAGCCUCAAAAUUCCUCUUUUAGACUUUGAUCUUCGCGUCAAGAGGGAAAAGUUUGAACAAGAAACCUUUGUUUGCGGUAUCUGCCUAGAACCGAAGAAAGGGAAGGUUUGCCAUCGACUUCCGCGCUGUUCACAUGUCUUCUGCGUCGCAUGUCUUCAGGACUUUUACAAUACCUGUAUCGCUGAAGGUGAUGUUGAUAACGUCAAGUGUAUUGAUCCAAACUGCGGCAAAGAGACGAAGUCAGCCCCAGCAGACGAGGAUAUUGAAGGACAAAGAAGACCUAGACGACAUCGGAAACCGGAUCUAGCUCUCACACCUGCUGAACUUCUUCAGAUACCCCUGGAGCCCCAGAUCGUUCAACGUUAUGCCCUCUUAAAGCGAAAACUCAAGUUAGAAGCGGAUAAGUCGGUGAUAUAUUGCCCUCGUCAGUGGUGCCAGGGAGCUGCACGCUCAAAACGGUUUCCUAAACCAGCGGACCCUCUAAAUAUCAGCAACCUGGAGUUAUCGGACGAUGAAGAUGUGGCAGAGACAUUUGAUCCUUUUGGCCCUGAAGACCAGCUUCCCCCAAUGGAAGAACGUGUAGCGAUAUGCGAAGAUUGUGGGUAUGCCUUUUGCCGUGUGUGCAAGAGAGGCUGGCAUGGUCCUAGCGUAUUUUGUUACCCUAGACGCGCUGCGGAGCUUACAGCGGAAGAGAAGGCUACCGAGGAUUAUAUGCAACUCUACACCACACGAUGUCCAACUUGCGACUUUCGCUGCCAAAAGGCUAUGGGCUGCAACCACAUGAUCUGCUCCCGAUGCAAGACACACUUCUGCUAUCUAUGUUCCUCCUGGCUAUUCGCCGCCAACCCAUAUCAGCACUUCAACGAGCGAAGCAGUUCAUGCUACAUGAAAUUAUGGGAACUCGAGAGAGGAGAUGGAACCGGCGAUCCGGCCCAGGAGCAGCUAGCGGAUCCCUUCUGGGCUGAAGAACCGGAUGACGAAGAAGACGAAGAACAUGGCGCAUGGCAGUUCGCCUUGGCUUUAAAUGAUGCCAACCACCAUCGACCUCCCCCCGCCGCUCCCGACCCUCCACACCCAGGACCACCGCGAGCAAUCCCUCCACCGCCACGACAACAGCAACAAGAGCAACCGCCCCAGCGCAUAGAAAUCGACCAGAGAGAACCCCGUCCCGCAGGCCAAACCCAGAACGACAUCGGGGUCCCCCCUCCCGCUCAGAAUCAUGCCCAGGUCCAAGACCAGGGUCAACGCCAGCAACGUCAGCAACCUCCUGCGGCAGACCUAGGCCAGAGACGCGGACUUCAGCGAUUUUUAUACUUGGUCCAGCAUGAUCAAGAAGACGAAUGGGAUAGCGAUGAGUUAGACGAGGAUUUUUAA